UGCACCUGCUACCCAGGAUUAAUUCACUCACGCAGAUCGAAUUGUUCGUUACCAGCCGGGAGGCAGAUGUUGUAACCCCAAAUCCUGCUGAUUAAGAGGAACUUGAUUUAGGAAGUGGAUUUAUCACUGGGAAAAAACUUUUGCCCCCGCUCCCAAGAUGUUUCGGGAGAGAAAGUGUCUGUGUCAGAUUCAGCGCCUGUUGUUCAUGGGAUUUCUGAUGCUGUUUGCCACGGUGGUGCUGAAAUACUCCUCCUGGGAAUGCAACUUCAGUGAUCUUGGGAAAGAGACGGUGCAUCUGAAGAGCGAGAGUUGCAAGGAUCAUCUCUACCAGUCUCUGAAGUUGUCUCCCAGCGGCCAGAUCAACUGCUCUCGGAUCAUCAGAGGGGAUGUGGAAGCAGUAGAGGAGGCUCUUUUGAGCAGGCUAGAGACGAAAACCAAAUCGGAGCCUUUAGCCCCAAAAGAUUACGUGAACUUGACUAAGGACUGCACUCACUUUAAAGCGCGCAGGAGGUUUGUUGAGUUCCCACUAAGCAAAGAGGAGGAAGAUUUUCCUAUUGCAUAUUCCAUGGUAGUGCAUGAGAAGAUUGAGAUGUUCGAAAGAUUGUUAAGGUCCAUCUACACGCCCCAGAAUAUAUACUGUGUCCACGUAGAUCUGAAAUCCCCGGACGAAUUCAAGGAGGCAGUCCGAGGGAUCGCCUCCUGCUUCGAAAAUGUCUUUGUGGCCACUAAACUGGAGAGAGUAGUGUACGCAUCCUGGUCCCGGGUUCAAGCGGACCUGAACUGCAUGGAGGAGCUACUCAAGAGCAACGUGCCCUGGAGGUAUCUCUUAAACACUUGCGGCACCGAUUUCCCCAUCAAAACUAACGCCGAGAUUGUCCGAACCCUGAAGUUUCUAAAUGGGAAAAACAAUAUGGAAUCUGAGAAACCCUCGUCGAUCAAGGCGGCUCGCUGGAAGUACCACCACCACGUGGAGAACUCGGUGAUCCGAACCGCCACGGAGAAGAGCCUCCCGCCCCAUGGCUCACCCAUGUUCACGGGCAAUGCCUAUGUUGUGGUCACAAGGGACUUUGUUCAAGCCCUCUUUGAAAACCCGACGGCGCAGCAGCUGCUGGAGUGGUCAAAAGAUACUUACAGCCCAGAUGAAUAUAUUUGGGCCACCCUCCACCGGAUGCCAGGCAUGCCAGGAUCGGUGCCUUAUAACGAUAAGUAUGAGGUCUCUGAUGUCAAUGCUGUUGCUAGAUUGGUGAAGUGGUCCUACCUGGAGGGCGAUGUCAGCAAAGGGGCACCCUACCCUCCGUGUACGGGUGCCCACCAACGGGCCGUCUGUGUGUAUGGGGUAGGUGAUCUUCACUGGAUGCUCCAAAACCAUCAUCUGCUAGCCAACAAGUUUGACCCAAAUGUAGAUGAAAACGCAAUCCAGUGUCUGGAGGAAUAUCUACGUUACAAGUCAGUGUACGGGAGAGAUCUCUGAGAGCACGUCCGGCCCGGCACGUGAAAAACACAGAUCUAGAGAGCGACUUGUAAAGAACUUCGCAAAAAAUGCUAUGCAACAUUUACACAGCACUUGGUUUUAACUCGGACUCUAAGCAAGCGGGGGAUUUUGCUCUGCAUAGAGUACUUGUCACUGAAUUGACCGACUUGAAACUAUCGACAGUAUUUUUCCUAUGGUAAAAAUCUCUUAAUAUAUGCUGUCUGAAUUACAGUGAAAGGUACAGCCUCCUGAUUUAAGUACUGAGUCAGAUUCUGCUCCACCUUGAACAGAAAAGCCCCAGUAAGUGAUCGCCCUGUCCUUGGCGUGAUUGCUCAGGAUGGAUUUCUAAUAAAAGCCUUUUCAUUUGAAGGAAACAAAGGAAUUUGUUAAUCACGUGGAAUGUCUGUUUAAUUUGCUCCCUCCAUUCUACCGUUGAGGUUGCAUUCUAAAGUAAUGGUGCUUUUGUAGUUUAUGCUAUAAAAUAAGGAGACUUCUACUAUAGAGGGGGAAAUAAGAUUUUAGCUGGUUAACCAGGCGCAGUCAUUUUCCUAGCGAAGGUUCUCUUCUGUGGGAACCGUAUUAUUCUCACUAUGUGGCUUGAGAGUGUAAUAUUCAGGACCUGCUUAUUCUCAAAUCCGGUCUGCAGGUAGUUAGUACUCAGUACCAGGACAUGCUAUCUAAAGUAAGGAUUUUCCACAGAAAAUGUUAACUGUAGAAAUCUAUGGAUUUAAAUGAUGCUGUGUGGACCCAUAAAUGUAUAUAAUGGAACUGCAGCUCAGGAGUAUUCAGAUGUGGAGUGCUGGUACAAUCCUCUGUUUCUGCGAUAAAGUGAUUGAUUUGGAAGUUGUACAUAAGCAUCACAUUUCAUCCCCACCGGUCUUGGGGAAAGAGCCCCACACUUUUUUGGGAGGUGGGGGGGGACUCAAAAAAAAAUUGCAGCAUAACUUUUUUCUGCUUUGUGGUGAAAGUUUGGAAGAACUACUUUAUCUGUAGACAUGAUUUCCUGGUACAUUAGCACACAACAGCAGCCUUAAAGAUAAAAUCUCUUAAGGAAUAUUAUAAACCUUAAUGUUGUUUGAACAUAGCGUUUGUGCUUUGGUUAAAAAGCAGGCAGUUGGCUUACUAUGAAUCAACAUUUCCUUUGUUCCUGCUUCUCUUUACUUUCUGCUGUUUCCCUCCCUUUUCAUUCUAUGUUUUACUAAUCUUUCACAUACACACUACAAAGAUAGAGAGGUGAAUUAGUUUCCUUGUAUUUCCUUUUGUAUGGUUAACCACAAAUGUCAACCCUGCAUGAUUAAGUAAAUUAGUUUCCUAGCUUCUCUUUUCCUGGUGCUGUCUUGUCAGUUGCUUAUAUUUAAAAAUAAGGGGUAGGCAAAUGAAUCUUGAAAACAUUGCCAAAGUGUUUUCCUCUGUAGAGUAGAAAGAAAACCAGAGUGGAAGAUUAAAGGUUCAGAUCAGUUUAUACAAGAGCACAAACGACUUUAUAUAGUUCACUUUCUUUACCUCAUGCUGUGCCUACGUGGCAGAAGUGGCUUUCCAAACACCAUCCUUACUACUACCUAACUUGAUUGACCCCGACUGUGUCUUUUACUACCUCACCCCGUUUGGCUUUGUUUGUUUUAAACAUGCCACUAACAAAAAGCUAACCAGAAGCUAUGUUUUGUAUAUUUAAUUUUCUUCCUUAGAGUUAAAAAAAAAUAAUGAAAAUAUAAAAACUCAGCUCCUUGGCUAUUUUGUAGCCUUUAUGGCUUAAUUGUUGAGAAUACAUAGGACUGGGAGACUGGAGAUCCAGGUUAUGCUGACCUGCUGUGUGACCAAAGCCAUUUAACUUCUGUGCCUCAGUUUCAUCAUCUGCAAAACUAGGACAAUAACCCUUAACUCCAGUGGUGGUAUGAGGCUAAAUUCAGUGAGAUUCUUGGAUAAAAGGUGCUAUAAGUGAAAGUUAUGGUCAAAGAGAACCCCAAGUCCCAGUUAGAAUUAAGACAGCCAAGAUUUCCAUGAAAAGCAGGGAGUUUGCCCCCCAAUCUUAGUCAAAUAACCAACCAUUACUCAACUCAUCCCUUCCCUCUCUACAACUUCUCUUGUAAUGGAUGGGGGCUUGAGGGGGAUACACGUGUUUUUAUAUUGAACCUACCCUGAGAGCUUUGCUAGCUAAUCCAGCCAGCUUCCAUGGGCCCAGCUGCUUUUCCCUGUGUCACCUUGAACCUUAGCUCAUUCUUCUCUGUACUAUUAUCCUAUACGUAUAUAUUUCACUAGUGCAGCACUAGAAUACUGUGGCUGCCGGCUGACAGCCACUACUGCCCUACUGAUGUCUGAGGCAAUUCCAUGACAGUAGGCUGGAGGGAUAUAAAUGAGGGUGACAGAAGUUGCAAUUGCCUACAUUUUCAAUUUAGUUUUUCAUAAUCACAACCUGAUUUAAAUCAAUUAUUUAAAAAGACAAUCAAGUGGUUGAAAU